AUGAAUGCACAGAAAAAACGACAAGUCAAAAUUGCACUAAAUCUCAAACAACGUCUGGCGUCGUAUUCCGAAUCGACCAAGGCCGAUUUUAUCAUUGAAGCAAGACAAGAAGCGGAAAAGAUUGCCGGCGGUGCGUACGGGAGUCUCUACUGUAUCACGAUUGGAUACGCCCUCUUGCUGCAGGCGGAAGAAUUCCUCGGCAAUGAAACGACACUCUUUGGAUUGGGAGGAUUUGCGGCAAGGACCAAACAGUCGACCAGUGCGCUUGGAACCAAUUUCAAACUCAUUGGAGCCGCCUUUAGUGCCGCCACGCAUGGAGCCCGGGCCAUGCAAGAAGCUGAAAACUUGCAAAAGGCCACCAUGGAUAAAACAAAGGAGGGCGGUGACGGCACCGAUGCCGCCAAGACAAAAAAGGACAAGGACUGGAGACGACGACAAGCAAGCGACGCGCGAUUGAGAGUCGGCGAAAAUUGCCGAAACCGUGAUGCAACGUCCCGCACAUUCCAAUUUACUGAGACAUAUACAACGCGACAUCACCCUGCGGAAGUCUGUCAAAUCUUUCCCCAGGAUGCUCACUGUCUGUAUCAACCAGCACAGGGUUGUGGAAAAUACAACUCAGCAGAAAUCAGGAAUGAUUUCUGA